AGAAACGAGGGCAAGCGGAGUUGGAGAAGGAAAGGAAACGAAGCCCAAUUCUCUUCCCCGACGCCGGGUUCCCGUCCCCGUUCAUCCCCUCAGCCAAGAAGAGCAAAGAGGGUGAUUCCCCAUCUCCGUCUUCUUCCCCUCCUUGCCCUUAAACCCUAGCCCUAGUCACCCUCGGGGACCUUUAUCCUCCCUCUUUCGAGCUCGGGAUCUCCUUCAUCGCCGCCGGACUCGCGUUCGCAAGAUUCGUAGCACCGAUUGAUCCGAUGGCCGGAUAGGAGAAGAACGGGCAUGGGACCCGAGUCUACCGGCGGGAUUCGGCACCUGGAUCGGACCGGGGGCGUCGGUGCGGCGGCGAUCGGCGGCCGGUUGGUUUGAUAGGACUCGUGGCGGGGCGAUCGGAUGGUGGCGAGUGGCUGAUCGGGCGCCGGCAGGGCGAUGGAGGAGGGUGAGAGUAGCAGGGUGGAUGGAUCUCGUGCCGGGGAGUCGGAUGGGGCCACGUCGGCUGAUUCCGGCAGCUCGUCAUCGUGGAAGCCGAGUGCAAAGGCUUUCCGUCCGUAUGUGCCGCCACCGCAGUCGUCUACCUGGGCAACGUUGGUAAAACCCGGCACGCUACGAGUCAUCGUGGGGAAACCUUUGGUGGCAAGGGUAACCAAAGACAUACUUGAAACUUUCCAAAUAUGUAACCCAAAUUUUAAGUAUUCAGAGGCACUGAACCCGAAGCGAUUCCUUACUAAUCCAUCGGUUGGUGUGCUGAAUGAUGGCCAUGAUAAUGCAAAUUCAGACCUUAUCUUACAUGUUAAUUUUGUGUUGGUCAAUAUGGAGUCAAAACAAAGGUAUAUUGUCAAAGAUAUCCUUGGCCAUGGGACUUUUGGACAAGUGGCGAAGUGCUGGGUUUCUGAAACCAAUAGUUAUGUUGCUGUCAAAAUUAUCAAAAACGAGCCUGCUUAUUAUCAGCAAGCAUUGGUUGAGGUCUCUAUGUUGCACAUGCUGAAUCAGAAGUUCGACCCGGAUGAUAAACAUCACAUUGUCCGCAUCCUUGAUUAUUUUGUCUAUCAGCGCCAUUUAUGCAUCGCAUUUGAAAUGCUUGGAUCAAAUCUAUAUGAGCUAAUUAAAAUGAACAACUAUAAAGGGUUGUCAUUGAAUAUUGUCCAAAUGUUCUCAAAACAGAUCCUGCAUGCAUUGAUUGUCAUGAAAGAUGCUGGAAUUAUACAUUGUGAUUUGAAACCAGAAAAUAUACUGAUAUCUACAAGAGUGAAACCACCAGAAAUAAAAAUUAUUGAUUUUGGAUCAGCAUGUAUGGAGGGUCGGACAAUUUACUCAUACAUUCAGAGCCGUUACUACAGGUCUCCAGAAGUUCUUCUUGGCUAUCCAUAUACCACUGCUAUUGAUAUGUGGUCUUUUGGGUGUAUUGUUGCUGAGUUGUUCUUGGGGUUGCCUUUAUUUCCUGGAGCCUCAGAAUAUGAUCUUCUUAAACGAAUGAUUGAGAUACUUGGUGGACAACCCCCUGAUGAUCUGCUUAGGGAUGCAAAAAACACAAGCAAGUUCUUUAAGCAUAUUGGAAGUAUUUAUAGGUUGGAAGAUGAUGAGGCCCACAAUGGAGUUACUAGUGCUUACCGUGUCUUAACUGAAGAGGAAUAUGAAGCAAGGGAAUCAAAAAGACCAAAAAUGGGGAAACGCUAUUUUAAUUUUGUGAAGCUUGAAGACAUUAUUGCAAAUUAUCCUUACAGAAAGAACUUACCUGAAGAAGAAAUCAGUAAAGAAAAUUUGACCCGCUUAGCAUUGGUUGAUUUCUUGAGAGGCCUCGUUGAGUUUGAUCCAGGGAAACGGUGGUCACCAUUACAGGCUUCACACCAUCCAUUUGUCACUGGUGAGCCCUUUACAUGCCCAUAUAAGCCUCUGCUGGAGACCCCACGAAUUCCUGUUAUUCAUACUGUUACAGUGGAUCACAAUCCAGGAGGGGGUCAUUGGCUAGCUGCUGGUCUCUCUCCUCAGGUUUCGAAUUCAAGCAGAUGUCUUCCGCAGCAUGGUGCUCAUUUUCAGAAGGUGCCUUUCUCUUACAGCAGUAGUUAUGGUAGCUUGGGAAGCCAUGGUAGCUAUAAUGAUAAUGUUGGUCUUGGAAGCAGCUAUGGAAGCUACGGUGAUGUGAAUAAUGUGCACACAUAUUAUUCACAAAUCGGUCCAUGCAGUGUCAACGUACAUGCACAAGUUGGGGGAUCAUUUCUUGGAGCUAGUCCAGAUGUUAGGCGUAGGCAUCAACUGUCUUAUGGAAAUGGAUUCAGUAUAAGUCCUGGAAGUUUGGGACCAAUGUCUUUGGGAGCCAGUCCGUCACAAUAUACUCCUCCAAGCUCCCAAAUGCAGAUUUCAACUGCUUCUUCUGGAAAGUAUGGUCCUACUUCUCCUGUGAGAAGUGGAGUACAUGUUCCCUCUUUGGGCAAAGCAGCUGCUGUUGGCCAUUACAACAGAAGAAGAAAUUGGGGAUAUCCAACUAUGUGUAUGCAACCAUAUGAAUGUGCAUCUCAGCAUGGACUAGGACACCAUGGUGAUGGCAUCAGUUGUAGUCACCCUGAUGCCUACUCGCGAGGACAUGGUGGUUCUCCUUGCAGUACACUUUCAACUUCCAAUCAUUCUAGUUGGAAGCAACAGACGGGUGUUGGGACUGGCUUGUCUUCAAGCCCCUCUUCAACCAAUCACCAGUCUUGUGCGGCAUCCCAUGCACAUAAUUCCAACACAGUCUCCUUACAUUCCUUGGAGGUUUCGCUUGAUAAGCCUGAAUCCAGUUCAUCAGUACCAGAUCCCGCAGAUUGGGACCCAAAUUAUAGUGAUGAAUCUCUUUUGCAAGAGGAUAAUGCAGACACCCUAGCCUUUGAAUUUAAUGGUAUCCGCGUUGGUAAUACAAUGGAUGCCAUGAGCAGAUUUAGUCACGGCCAUAAUCAGGCUCAAAAGAAUUUUAUAUCAACAAAUCAUAGAACAGAUGGAGUGUUUCAGGCAUAUUCACUUGGUGAGAGUAGCCACACUUCUAUGCAUGAUAUGCAUGCUGGCUAUGGCCAUUUGCCCCAUUUUUCACAAAACUUUCCUAGCCGCUUUGGACAGCAAUCAGUUCAUCGGUACAGUCAUAUGAACUCAACUUUUAUGCAUGGUGAAAGAAAUCAUCAAAAUAGUCAGCCAACUCAUUCAAACUACAGUAUGGCAGAUUCUCAUUCUUCUACCAAUGCUAUGCUCAGCAAUGGCAUGCCCUGGGGACGAAGGGCUGGGCAUUACAUUGGAACGACUGUACCAUCGUCCCAUGCAAGAAAGGACUAUGGAAGGAUCUCAUGAUCUGGAAAGGCUGACCGAUAGGGAUGUCAUAUUUAUUGCAGGCACUGAAAUUUGUGCUUGAAAAUUCAGUUGCCUUGUGCUGUUUCUGACAGUCCUCAUUUGGGUCUUGAUAAAACAUUGUGCUCCAAAGAUAUAAUGCUAUAGCUAUGGCAAUUUCGCAUUCUUUGUUCCAUGUGAUCUUUGAUCUUCCAACUCCCAAGCCCCAUAUGGGCUUUUCUCUCU